AGUAACUGCAAGCCUUUGGUUGACUGAAAUAGCUUUCCUGAAAUCCGUGUCUUUUUUUGAAACAAAAGGGUGAUAUCAUAUUUGCCAGAUAUUCAAAAUCGGUCGGUGAGAUCCGAGUUAAGUUACGGAAGCCAGAGCCGUCUUCCAUACUCAGCUCACGUAGCAGGUUAUUUCCGCCAGUUCUUCUAUAGAAUGUUUUUCUCCACCAACAACGAGGACGCCUUUCAAUUUGUUUGUGUAAACCUUCUAGUAUUGAUAAUGCAGCCCCAGACAUAACGCAGCAGCAGACGAUACGAACACAAUAACACAAGGGGCACUGCAGACGGCGUGAACACACGAGAAAUGUUUGCCACCAGUGUGGACGGAAACAGAGACCAGAAAUAAAUUCGGAAACAUUUGGGAAGCAUCGCAGAAAACAAUGUUUCCAACAGAAACAUGUUUCAAGUGGCAGUGUCUACGCGGCUUUAGACUGUCGUAGCUACUGGGUUUCAGCGAAUUGUUGUGAAAUGACGUAACGUUGAAUGUGAAUGCACACCGCUGUGAUAUGACCAACGAGUUUACUUUGAAUGUUUGUUUUUAAGCCAAAGAUGUAAGAAAGACCUUGUGCGUGCCUGAAGCUUGUUUGUUUUGUUACAUAUUUAUUGUGUAGCAGAGGCGGUAUGAAGUAGUGAUUGUGAGGAUUGUAGUAGUACAAAGUGGAAUAAUGCAAUGGUCCGAGAAAGAAUUUCAAGACAAAAAGAAACGGAUACUCAACAGUGCCGAUCUUAGUCGCAAAGGUAGUGUGGACAGUGACAUUGUUGAACUUGUUGAUUUUAUCAACUCUCACAGCCAAUACGUUACAACAAGUUCGUGUUCAGGCCGCUUGAUCGUCUUUUGUGAGGUGCCGUCAAUGGGAAACAGUAAAGAAGGAUGCAAGUGGUUGUACACAACCCAUGAUGACAUCGAUAUGGAGGAUAUGAUGAGUAAGCUCGACCCAACUGUGGGAGAUCUCGUGCUCAAAUUUGAACCGAUGAUUCUUCACGUACAAUGCCAUACGGUAGAAGACGCAAAACAUUUGCAUACUUGUGCCCUGGAAUCAGGCUUCCGCAACACUGGAGUCACAAUUGGUCACAGAGGAAAAGUCAUGCUGGCAAUACGUAGCUGCUUAAACCUGGAAGUUCCACUUUCUCAUGCUGGGAAACUAUUAGUCUCUGAAGAGUAUCUAAAAUUCCUUACUAGUAAAGCCAGUGAGAAGAUGAAGGAAAAUAAACGAAGAACCAUGAAUUUUUUCUCUAAAAUUAAAAACAUCAAAGAGAAAGAAAUUGUGAGAACAGAAGUACUGAAUUUCUAACGACAAUUUGCUUCUCUGAAACCCAGCUGAUUACUUCAGCUGCAGACCUUGCCUUGGAAACAGAUUUUUUUGAAGACGUAGCGACUGGAAUUCCGUCUACCCAGCCACAAUAAGAGAACUGAGCUCCAAUAAAUAAGCAGUGGCAUUGAUGCACAUGUAACUGAAGUAAUGUCAAGUCAGAAGAUUUGAUUGAGACUGUGAUCUAUGCAUAAUGUAUCUAUUUUAUAAUGUGAGCUAAAAAUGUUACUCCAGGAAUUCUUACAUUGUGUUUUGAGAGAACUAAUCAUUCCAUCUUAUUUUCUGCUAAAUCGUGUAUAUUACUUCCUACUUUUCCUUCAGGGGAAGCAUAUAAAUUAAAAAAAAAUGCUGGUAACUAGAUAAUAGAACUAGGUUGGUUUGUGAUUCUACACAUUAGCAGAAAUGUGUUGCUUCAUUCUGUGUGCAGAAUGUUUAUAUUAUAGUUUUCUGAUUAUCAAAGUAGUAGCCCAGGGAAAUACAUGGAUGAAACUGUUUUCUUGACAGAUAAGGAGGGGAAAUGCUGUAAUAGCAAGUUAUCAAGAAAACGCCUCUAUGACAUUACAAGGGCAAGUUUUCACAACAAGGAUUACAUUUUUAGGAUUGAAAAUAAUGCAGCACAGCUCAUUUAUCACCUCAGAUAACGAAGGAAACUCCAUGAAGAAGAAACUGUCCCUUUACUGUAGUGAUGGUUGUCAGAGUAAUUAAAAUAUCUGCCUAUAGUAUCUUAUGUUUGAAAUGUGUAUUUUGUGUAAUAAAACACCAGUUUUUGUUCA